CUUGCAUCUUUUUUAAAAUCUGCAGAACAGAAAACAACCAAUUUCGAAGCCGCAUCAUGCUUUAAUUAAUAAAUGAAAUUAAUUAUGGAUGAAUACGAAGCACAAUUGCUCGUUGUGGAGCAGGCGCUGGAAAAUGCCACGGAUGAGCCGCAACGCCAGGAACUUUUGGCCCUAAAGACGAAUCUGCAGGAGCUACUGGCCCUCACACGGGAGUCACAAGAUGAACAGCCAACAACCGAUGAAGUACCUCAGCAGGUGGACCACCUGGACGACGAGCUGCAGCGGCUGAGAAGCGAACUCAACGAAUUGGAGGAGGCGGUGGUCUCCAGCAACCAAACGGCGGCGGAUGAAGAGCGCCAGCUGGCGGAUCUGCGGGCCAAGUACACGGCCAUGGUGGGCGAGAAGUGCUCCGCUCCGCACGAGCACAGUUGGGGCACCUGCUACCACAACGCCCUCAUUUGCGGCGUGGACGACGAGGUGGUCAUCAACAGCGAGGGCGUCUUGGACGCUCGUCUAAGGGUGCUCUUCACGAAUCCCACGCAUCGAGAGAUGCUGCCUUGUUCCUAUUACCUCGAGGGCGAAUGCCGCUUUGACGAGGCGAGGUGCCGCUUUUCCCAUGGCGCCCUGGUUCCCGGUAGCUCCAUUAGAAAGUACACUCCACCCGAUUUCCAUAAACUGGCCCGCAGUCGUCCUGUGUUUGCCCUGCUGCCGGAUCGCCUGUGGCAUCGGGGACGCGUCCUUUGUGUCAAUUUCGUAGAGCAGGUUUGUCGCGUGCGCCUAGAUGGCCAGGAUCACAAGGAGCGGGAACGUGACUUCAAGUUCGAGGAGCUCUUUCCGCUGACCACCGACCAGGAUGAAGAUGACGAGCUCUCCAGCGAUGACAGUCAAUCCAGCUUGAACGACGAGAGCAGUGAUGAGGCGGACUCGGACUUGGAUGAGCUGGAGGAGGCUAGGAGAGCCCGCAUGGUCGAGCUGAGUUUGUUUACCUUUAAACCAACGGAGCGACUGGGCGCCUGGGAGGAGUUUACAAGGGGCAUCGGCUCCAAGCUCAUGGCUAAAAUGGGCUACAUCCAUGGCACGGGUCUUGGCUCGGAUGGCAGAGGCAUUGUUACCCCUGUAAGCGCUCAGAUUCUUCCCCAGGGUCGAUCCCUAGACGCCUGCAUGGAGCUGCGCGAGGCAGCCAACGGGGACAAGGACUACUUCAGCGUGGAAAGAAAGCUGAAGCGAGCACAGCGUCGUCAGCGGAAAGCGGAUGAGAAGGCCUACGCCCGGGAAACCCAACGUACGGAUGUUUUCACCUUUCUAAACGCCAGUGUUCUUGGUCCAGGAGAGAACAGUCAGCAGGGCGAGCAGGUGGCCAAGAAGGCCAAGACCAACGAACUACAGCAGCAUUCGACAAAGACUCUCAAUGUGGAAACAGUGCGAGUGGCUGACGAAAUCCGACGAAAGCAGCGGGACAUGGCCAAGGUGAAACAAUCGCUGGACCGGAAUUCUGGAGAUGCACAGCUCCAAAAACGACUGCAAGUGCAGCUGCAGAACCACAAACAGGAACUAACCGCACUGCAGGCACAGGAACGCAGUCUUAGCAAGGAACAGCAGACACGCAAGAGCAAGAAUAAAAUGUUUGAGUUUUAA